AGCGGCGGCGGCGGCUGCGGGCGGCGCGCGGGGCGCAGGCACCGGCGAUCGGCGGCGGGGCUCGCGCGGCGGGCAGUGGGCGCAGCUCCCCGGUGCCCGCCCCUCCGCUGCGGGGGGGGGGGCGCGAGCGGGCGGCCGGGGAGGGGCCGGCACCGCCGCCGCAAAAUGAGCCUGCUGUCGGCCAUCGACACGAGCGCCGCUUCGGUGUACCAGCCCGCGCAGCUGCUCAACUGGGUCUACCUGUCGCUGCAGGACACGCACCAGGCGAGCGCCUUCGAUGCCUUUCGGCCCGAGCCGCCCGCCGGCGCCGCGCCCCCAGAGCUGGCCUUCGGGAAGGGCCGCCCGGAGCAGCUGGGCUCGCCCCUGCACUCCAGCUAUCUCAACAGCUUCUUCCAGCUGCAGCGCGGAGAGGCGCUGAGCAGCAGCGUGUACAAGAGCGCCUCGCCCUACGGCUCCCUCAACAACAUCGCCGAUGGCCUCAGCUCCCUCACCGAGCACUUCUCGGACCUGACCCUCACCUCGGAGACCCGCAAGCCCAGCAAGCGGCCCCCCCCCAACUACCUGUGCCACCUGUGCUUCAACAAAGGACACUACAUCAAGGACUGUCCCCAGGCACGCCCCAAAGGCGAGGGUCUGACCCCGUACCAGGGCAAAAAGCGCUGUUUCGGCGAGUACAAGUGUCCCAAGUGCAAGAGAAAAUGGAUGAGCGGGAACUCUUGGGCCAACAUGGGGCAGGAGUGCAUUAAGUGCCACAUCAACGUGUACCCUCACAAGCAGAGACCCCUGGAGAAGCCCGACGGCCUGGAUGUGUCCGACCAGAGCAAGGAGCAUCCCCAGCACCUCUGUGAGAAGUGCAAGGUGCUGGGAUACUACUGCCGCCGGGUGCAGUGAGCCGCCCGCCCGCCAGCCCGCCGGAGGAGACGCCCCUCCCCGUGUCUCUCCAAGGUGCCAAGUGUCCUCGUGCGCGUGGGGGCAGCCUCGCAGCCUUACGUGCCCGGGCAGGGCUGUCUUAGGUUCUUGUCUCGUGUGUGUCGACAAACAGUGUUACGGACGUGGCUGCCCCCCCCGCAGAAAGCCAGCUCUCUGGGACUCUCCGCAGGUGGGCCUGAGGUUGGGGAUGGAGGGGACAAGGUGAGCAGAGGGCAGCACACAGGACCCCGUAAAGUCCUUGGUGUCCCCUGCCGCUGUCUUCCUCUGAGACUCCCUUUGGGGUGAGCAGCCUUGUGUUGGCCACAAGUGCACUAAAUGUACUGUGAAUCCCAAAGCCUGCAGGGGACUGUCACCCCAAGACGAGCCAGGCCUCCUUCUCUGCCCGGAACCUUCCUGUUUGCCCUGUGCACAAAGCCACUCUCAGAGUGCCCUAGGUUUCUGUCCUGUUUGAGUCAGCAGUCCUGGCAGGGCUGACACCUGUUCUAGCAGCUGCUGGGGAGCAGGAUCUCUGCCCCCUGCCCGCCGUGAGCCCCAGACCCCACUGCCUGUGCCAUCGUUAACUUCGCCCACCCUAGACCCAGAGGGCAGGGACCGGGAGGCACUGAAUGUCGGACGGCGUUCCACGGUGGGACCCGGGGCCCAUCAGACGACACCCUCCGCCCCCCGACCCCCCCACGCACACACCUUUCCCUCUCGGGAUUGGAUUUUGUGCUCAGAUUUCAUCAGGCCCAUUCCCUGUCUUUAUCCUUCACCUCUGCCCAUACUGGGGUCCCCCCAUCCAGACCGAGGCCGUGGGGCUGGGCGAGGAAGGCGCUCUGGCAGGACAGACAUGGGCCCCGUGGGCCGGAGACCUAGGUUCCGGUGCUGGCCUGGCUUCUGUACGCUUCGAAGCCUCCGGAAGGCCGUCCCACCUCCGGGCCUCAGCGUGGCCACUGGCUAAGUGGGAGCGGCUCCGGAGGGCACAGGCCCACUUCAGCCCCCGUGUUGUGGGAUUCCCGUGGCGCCCUGUUUGGAGAGGCCACACUGCACGCCGUCACCCCAUCGGUCACUGACAGAGCCAAGGGGUGCCGGUCCUCCCCAGUCACUGCCUGUAACCCCGCCCUGCCCGGUGCCCCCACCCCUGCAAAAAUGAGGGAUCCCCCCCUCACAUAGGGCAGCCCCGAUGUAAGCUACACCGCCUCUUGUUUCUAAAAUGGGGACAACGAUUUCCUACCUCCCAAGGGAGCGGGGAGGCCCUGCGCAAGUCACGUGGGUCCGGGAGACCCUGUCCCGUCCUCCGAGGGUCACGCUCGCCUCUCCCCUCUCUCCCCCGCGAGCAGCCCUAGGUUUAUUGUCCCAUCGUCCUUCCUUCCUCCUGGGGAGAGGGAGAGAGCCGGCUGUCGGCUGUCGGGACUGGGUCACUUGAUUUUGCCCCAACCUCAUGCCUCUGUGGGGGGAAAAAAAAAAAAAAGUUCGACCAUGAAAUGGACCUGAAUUCAGUGUUUACCACGGCUCAAGGUCACCCAGCUGGGGCCCGUCACUUUUUGUUUUCAAAUGAAAAUGCUGUGUCAGACUGAGGAGUUACCGUGAAGUGUUAACCCGGGUCCGGGUCCCGGAGCAAGUUGAAGAGAUGGAGGGAGUGCGUUUGCAGGGGGUGGGGGGGGUGCAGGGGAGACUUCAGGGGGCCCUGCCCUCUGAGCACUAGACAAGGAGCCCGAGCCCCACGGCCGCCUCCGCGCAGCCCACGGGAGCAGAAUGCCCAGCAACCGGCUGCCCCCCCGGGAGUGCCCCCGAGGAAUCCCUCCCAGCUGUCCCCUGCCCCCCCUCUGUCCUGGCCCCGGGCUCUCCGUCCCCGGGGAAGCUGUCACUGUCUGUCAUCCUAGCGCGGCUAACAGUGGUGCCCGCGGGGGGGUGGGGGGGGUUGGGGGUGGGCAGUGUGCUGGUCUCUGCCGUGAGGACCAGGACCCAGAAGCCGGGGGUAGGGGGGUGGGGUGGGGAUGGGGGGGAAACACCUUGGCCCCAGGGGGCCCAGAGCCUACCAACUGUACUGCAAGAGUGGGGGCAGCCCAGAUCCUACAAAGAACCCAGGCUCCAACCUGCUGGAGGCGAGCGGCCUUCCGCGGCCGGCGGGAAAUGGGAUAGCACCCCAAGUGACCUCCUCGGAGCUCUGUCCAGCCGGUGGCCGCAGCCGUGGGCACCGUGGGGGCUGGGCCCUCCUGCCCUGGGGACCCCCCCUCCCGUGCACCCCACUCCCGUGGGCUUGGGCUGGAUCGCGGGGAGCCGUCCGUGGGCAGCAGGAGGCCCUGCCGCCAGGCCGGGGACCGUGGCGAUGCUGUGCUCUGGGGGCCCGAGAGCCCAGGAGACAAGAAGGCGUGUGGCUUGUGUUCAAAAGGGACAAUCGCCUGCAGUUAGUGGAUCUAGCGAUCUAGUUGAGAGAUAACAGUGUUUAACCCAUAUGAAGUAUUCGAUAGUUCUACUUGUGAAUUUGUAUUUAUUUUGAGUUAUACUUGACACAGAAUUCCUUUUUCUUUUUUUUUUUAAAGAAAAAUACUAUGUGUGUAUUUUGAAGAAAAAAAAUCAUAGAUGUUAAAAUUUCUUCUGGUUACCCAUUUUUCUCACAACACUGAAUUUGUUACCUUCUCCGGAAAAAAAUCUUCACAGUGAUUUUUGUCUGUAUAUAUUUGAGGGCCUUUUUUUUCUUAAAAAAAAAAAAAAAAGAAAAGAAAAGAAAAAGAAAAAUAUAAUUGCUUGAUUUUUGAGGCUAAAACACAAAAAGAGGCAUUUUCAAAACUUGGGAGCUUUCAGGAGGGCAAUAGAAUAUCAAAUGAAGAUUUCUGGAAGUAUUUUGCAAACCUUCUGGUCAAGCUGCAAGAAUAUAUUUAUGGUGAGAACUUUUCUCUUUUCUCCUGUUGUUGGUUUCUUUUGUUUGUUUCGUUUUUGUUUUUGGUUUGAUUAUUUUUUUUUUUUUACUAUGCUUUGAUCUGUAAAAAGUAUGCAACGGAACUACAUUAAGAAGGAAAUAUUGUCUACAUAGAAUAUUAUAUGAAGUUGGUACAUAAUUCUGAUGAGGAAAAAAAAAUCUUUGCGAUUCUUUAAGCCAUAUUGUUGUUAUUCUGUGUUGUUUUCCUUGGAUGAAAAUAUCAGUAUUAAGUAGCCAAGCAUAUUAUUCAAGUGCUUAGACUUAUUAAUAUGUCCGUGUCCUGUAUUUAUACGUAUGUGUAUUUUGGAAAGUAUUGCUUUUUUUUUUUUUUUAAGGGAAGCUAUUAUUAGAUACAUAGCAGAAGAAGGGAAUAGUGAUCCCUUUGAGCCUCUUCAGCUGAGGGUAACAAACACAGCAUUGUAAUCCAUUCUCUUGCACCUUCUUAUUAUUAUCUUGUUAUUAUGGUUAUUAACUUUGCGUGGGGUGGGCAGGGAGUGGGCCGGCCGAAGAAGGGGCACAGCAGUGUUACACAGCCAGCGUGUGAGGACGGUCCGGCCCCUGCCUGGUUGGCCAGCUCCGAAGGUGACCUCCUUGGCCUGGUGGAGGGCCCCGGUCAGCAGAGCCCAGGGAGGGAAGAGGAAGCGGGAGGCAGAGUUCUCCACGCCCCUCUUUGGAGCUUUGCCAUCUGAGCCACGCCUCUGGGCCCCAGGCCGUUUGAACUUGGAUUUGUCAACCAGAGCCCUUACACCUGCCCUCCAACAUCUACUAGACUUGAAUCUACUCUAAAUGAAUAUUUAAUCCAACAUCACUACAUGGUAGCCCAGUGCAACAAGUAAUCCUGGAGAGUGGGAGGCCUUCCGGCCUUCGGGGAGGUGGCUGAGCCGUCGCCCAAGGGCUGGCGGCAGGAGGGCUCGUCGCCAUCUGUCGCCAGCCUCGCCGUUGGACCUCCUCCACUCCCACGUGGCGCCCCUGUCCGUGUCUGUAUCUGUUCAUAUGUGUGUGUCCAGCUAAAAAGACAAACGAGAACCCGUGGGCCCGGGCUCGGAGGGUGCAUGGAGAGAGAAGGCUCCCGCCCCCUCCGAAGGGCUGCCCUCGGGAUGGCAUUCCGUUGUGUGCCUUAUUCCUGGAAAACCUGUAUACAGCUUGCCUAUAGCAAUAUAGCCUUUUCAUGCUGUAUUAAAAGAACUUCUAAAAGCAA